AUGCAAAACUACACAGAACAAGUAAUUAGUGCAGAGAAAUCCAAACUUUUUGAGAUGCAAAAUGAGGGUGUGUCUAUCAACUUUAUCGAAGCAUCAAUCAAAUCAUGUGAAGAUCGAGUGAAUCAAAUUUCCGACUUCCUUCUCUUGGCAACAUCAACGGGGGAAAAGCAUCAUUUGAUGGCAACAUUAUGUCAGCUUAAAUCCAUUCUACAGUAUAUGAAUGGAUUUAGAUCGAUGUUUAUGAGAAGAGGAGUAACAGGAAGCGGUCUCAAUCAACAACCAACAUCAGCAUCAGCAUCAACAUCAGCAUCAACAUCAGCAUCAACAUCAGCAUCAACAUCAGCACCAACAUCAACAUCAAAUUAUACUGUUGUAUGGGAAGAACUACCGAUCAAAGCUUUUGCAGGUAGAAUCAAAUCAUAUAUAAUUACCAAUAUUCAACACAUUGAUCCAAAGGAUUUUUUAAUUGAUUGUAAGAAACUUUUACUUAGAAAUUUACCAUACAUACUACAACAAUAUCAACAUAUAAAAAUGAAUGUAGUAUUUACUGGUGAAUUUAAGAAAGUUAAUGGAAAUGAUUCGGAUACUUCUAUUAAUAACACUAUAGAAGAAAUUAAAUACUUUGUUACCAAAAAUGUGGUAAUAUCUGAACAUGAAUGCGAUGAAGAAGAUUUAGAUGAAAAAAUAUCAAAAAAUAUUGUGCAAGUUUUAUUAAGAAAGCUGGAAGAAUUUCAAGAGCGGGACAGCGGUUGGACUUUGUCUGCAAUAAUUAACAUAAUAAUAAACAUUAAUAAAUUAUUCUUAAUAGUUGGCAGUGCUUAUAUACCAACUCCAGCAGAAUUAAUUGGCAAGCAUGCUAUUAUAAAUGUUCAAAAUAAGGACGAUGCUUGCUUUGCUUGGGCUAUUAUGUCAGCAUUAUAUCCUCAAAAAUAUCAUUCAUGUCUACCCACUAGUUAUCCCGAUUAUAAAGAAAAGUUAAAUUUACAAAAUUUAACAUUUCCAAUAUCAUUGAAGCAAAUACCUAUAUUUGAAAAAAACAACAAUUUAUCCAUUAAUGUAUAUUGUUUUCACAACCCAAAAAAUGAUAACAACUACAUUAAUUAUUAUGAUUUUGAUGAAGAUGAUGUUAAUACAAACAAAAGAAGAAAGGUGUUACCAUUAAGAAUAUCCAAGUAUAUUCACCAAGAUCGCAGACAUAUCAAUUUGCUUCUACUGGAAGAGAUACAGGAGGAUGAUAAUGAUAACAAUGAAAAUGAUAAAGUUGUUAUUCAGCAACAUUAUGUAUACAUAAAGGAUUUGUCUAAACUGUUAAGUAGUUCCAUCAAUUCUAAUGGGCAUAAAAAACACUUUUGCAACAGAUGUCUUCACUACUUUAAAAGUAAAGAAAAAUUGAUGAAACAUUCAGAAAACUGCUAUAAUCAAAAUAUGGGUAAGAUUGUUUUACCAGAUAAUAAAAAUAAUAUAGAAUGCAUAUUAGAACCCAUUGGCAAUGAAAAUAGUGAAAAUAGUGAAAUUAAUAAUAGUUGUUAUCAGGAACAUAUACCAUGUUCCAUUGGCUUUUAUAUAAAAACAUCUUUUCCAUCGAGUUAUAAUGUUUAUAAUAGUUAUCGAGGGGAAGAUUGUAUUAAAUGGUUUAUGAAUGAAUUAGAUCUGAUAGCAACUUUAAUAUCAUCUGAUAUUGUAUCACCCGUCAAAAUGAAUUUGACGAGUGAUGAUCAUUUUAAUUUCAUUCAAGCCCGUACUUGUCACAUUUGUGAACAAGAGUUUGUUAAUGAUGAUAAAAAUAAUUAUAAAGUCAGAGAUCACUGUCACUUUACUGGACAGUACAGAGGGGCUGCACAUAAUAUGUGCAAUUUGAGAUAUGUGGAUGAUUUGUGUAUACCAAUAAUUUUUCAUAAUUUAUCGUCCUAUGAUUCUCACUUUCUGAUAAAAGAAAUUGUUGAUCUUUCUAAUAGAAUAUCUGUAGUACCAAAAAACAAAGAAAAAUAUACGGCAUUUACGGUAUUAGUCAACAAUUACUUAUUAAAACGAAAGGGCGUCUAUCCUUACGAUUAUAUAAGUAAUUUUGAUAAGUUUUUCGAGGAAAAGUUACCCGAAAAACAUUGUUUUUAUAAUAAAUUAAAUAAAAGCAACAUAAGUGACAACGAUUAUCUUCAUGCCCAGAAUGUAUGGAGAGAAUUUGAAAUAAGAAACUUGGGUGAUUAUUCUGAUCUUUAUUUAAAAACAGAUGUUCUACUUUUAGCUGAUAUUUUUGAGAAUUUUAGAGUUAGUUCUUUAAAUACUCAUAAACUAGACCCCGCUCACUAUAUAACAAUUCCUUCCUAUACGUGGGAUGCGAUGCUGAAAUUUACAAAUGUCAAAUUAGAAUUAUUGACUGAUAUUGAUAUGUUACUAUUUAUUGAGCGGGGUAUUAGAGGUGGCUUGACACAAGUUAGUAAAAGACAUUCAAUCGCAAAUAAUCCAUAUUUACCUGAAUAUGAUUCAUCUGUUCCUAAUAAAUACUUAAUGUAUUGGGAUAUCAAUAAUCAAUAUGGUUAUGCAAUGUCUCAAUUUUUACCAACAGGUAAUUUUAAAUGGGUAAAAGAUAUUAAGAUUUUUACGGAAAAUUUCAUUACUUCAAUUCAAGAUGACUCACCUACAGGUUACUUUUUUGAAGUAGAUUUACAAUAUCCUAAAGAACUACAUGAUCUACAUUCAGAUAUUCCAUUCUGUUGUCAGUCCAUGACAAUAAAUAAUUCUAAUCAAAAGAAAUUACUUGCUACCCUUUAUGACAAAGAAAAAUAUGUAAUUCAUUAUAGAGCAUUAAAGCAAGCAUUAUUAUUUGGUUUAAAAUUAAAGCAUAUACACGCUGUCCUUGAAUUCAGUCAAUCACCUUGGCUUAAGCCAUAUAUUGAUUUUAAUACAAAAUUACGAGCUGCAUCAACUAAUGAUUUUGAUAGUUCACGUUUUAAACUAUAUAAUAAUGGUUGUUAUGGAAAAUCAAUGGAGAAUACAAGAAAAUAUGCUCGAGUAAAACUAGCAACACAAUGGGGAGGGCGUUAUGGUGCUAAAUCAUUAAUAGCAUCACCAUAUUUUAAAAAUUGCACAAUCUUCAACGAAAAUUUGAUAGCGGUUGAAUUGAAUAAUGCCGAAAUAUACUGCAAUAAACCAAUUUUCAUAGUUUAA